UGCAUCUUAUUGGCACUAUUAAUAAUCUAGAAUAUAUUUUGCACAUUUUAUACAGCAUAACUGUCAAACUUUCAUUCAAAAACAAGUGGUAAUUUAAAAGAACAAAUUGCAGACGGUGUGAAGUCGAAGUAAAACCCAUAGUGCCGUGGUUGGCUUUUGUUCGCCUCGAACGCUGCAUUGUGUCGAUUGUGUUCCCGUUUUCUUCCUCCCGUGAAGAAGUGCGAAUCGACUUGGUGUGUGCCGUGUGCCGUUUUGUGUGUAAAAUUGUGCUAUGUAAGUGAAAUUCAUUGUGCUUCAUGCUGCAAACGAAUGGUGGCAGCAUAAACGAUCCACAGCUGCCUAUUGGCGGAAAUUGUCCCGGAAGGGUGAAAAUUUUACCCCACUUCUUGAACGCCCCUCUAUUGAGGGGGGGCUAGUGUUCUAAGUGUAUGCGUUUCUGUGUGUGUGUUUAUAUGUGUGGAAAUAAAGAAAUAAAGAGUGAAUCGUGAAACGUGAAAGCAGCCGUCAUAAAACACUCGCACGCAAUGGCCGACAAAGUAACGAAAUUCGAACGGAUGGCCAUGACCAAACCCGUCCCGAUGAAAUUGUUUGCCGCCUGGGAAGUGGACCGGACACCAUCGAACUGCAUUCCAAGAUUAUGCUCGUUAAAAAUUACCCGCCUGUCCCUGCUCACUCCCCUGCCGGCCGAUCUGACGUCACUGUCACUGGCGGUUCGGAUGCAAAGCUCAAAGCGAACACUCCGGUCACACGAAAUACCCGUGCCACAGUCAUUGAGUAGCGGAUACAACAGCAGCAUAGGGAGUGGAACAAUCGGCAGCGGCGGUAUCGGUGGCGGUGGAUCAGCCGGUGGUGGUUCUCUCGCCAGUGUUGGACAACUAAAUUCACCGCCACUGCUGGAAACGGAGCUAGAUCUGCAUUUCAGCUUACAGUAUCCCCAUUUCAUUAAGCGCGACGGUAACCGAUUGCUGAUAUUACUGCAACGCCGCAAAAAGUACAAAACACGAACCAUACUCGGUUACAAAACGCUCGCCGAAGGUGUGAUCCGGAUGGAUGCAGUGCUGCAGAAGUCGAUGGACAUGACGGUGGAGCUGAACGGAUCGGGUAAGGCGGGCCGUGCCGGUUUGACGAUAGCAACGCUGCGCGCCACCCAGGUCACAUCGAUCCCGGUCGAUCAGGAUAACAAGAACAACAAUAGCCUGCUGGUGACGGAUCGUGUGAACGAGUAUUCGGACGAAGACGAGGAGCAAGAGUUUAGCUCGGGCGAUGAGAAUGAUGAGGGGCUGUCGGGAUACGCGGCCAAGCGCAACUAUGCCGGUAAGCGCGAUUCGUACAAAAAGUUCGAAUCGGGCGAGCAGGACGGUGAACAGGAGGAUGGUAACAUGAUGCCCUCGAACCAGGCCGAUAGCGAUAGUGAUUUUGACAACAUGGGGAAAGAAAAAUCACGAGGGAAAAUGAGUCGGCAACGAAACUUCAAACAACGCAUCAUUUCACUGCUCAAACGCUUCAAGGUACCGGAAGAGCUGGAAGGUGAUGUGCGGGAACGUGGCCCGGCACUGCGCGGCAAGCGCGAUCUGGACGCAUUGUUUCAGGAGCUGGAAUCACUUUCGUGCGGCGAAGGUGACGACUCCGGGCAGGACAUGGAUAGUCUUUCCAUCGGCUCAACGCCGAAGCCAUCGUUGAGGCCAUUCUUUGAGAACUCGGGCAAACCGGUCCUCACGCAGCAGCAUUCCUCGAUACAGCUAAGCUCGAUGCAGAAGGGUAGUGGUAACAAAGAUUUUAUGCCAGAAAAGAAACCCAAUUUAGAGAAGCGUGACUCGCUCGCCGAAAAGAAAAGCAAUUCAAUAACAAUUGCCAAUAAUCUUAUUAAUAGUAUGAACGGCAACAGUAUUAAUAACAAUCAGACUAGCAAUUACAGUAACAUCCAAGACCGAUCCGGGGACUGGAAAAAUGAUAGUUCCGGCAAUGAGGGUGGUGCUGGCAAUACGGACCCGGAAGCACUCAGUUCGGAUCCGCAGAAUACUGGCAGUCCACCGAAGGAGAAGGAAACGGCGGUGGAGAAGAAAAAUCGCUUGUUCCGUACCAGCAGCAGCACUCCAAACAGUGCCAAAAAGCAGAAACAAGUGCUCAGCUUCCAGAUGGAUCAGCACCAGCAGCAGCAGCAACAGCAACAUCACCAACAGCAGCAGAAACCUUCGCCGCUAGAAACGUGUCUGUCCCCGACGAAUGUUGAGCCGCGGCGAUCGUUGCUCGAACAGCUGCAGCGUACAUUUACGACGGAAGAAUCGUUGCUACCGGAGGUGGUCACCAUCGUAGGGCCGCCGGAAGCAUGCACCGUAUCGCCGACACCGCGCUUAGCUUCGCUCAUAUCGUCCACGUUUCGGCCUACAUUUUUACCCAACAAUACCGCUGAGGUGAAAGCAAUAACGCAGGCGCUUAUGAACAAAAUUCAGAAAUACUGUAAUUCAACGGCAAAACCACCUACAACUGUGAAAGUAGUUCUAGUCGGAGGCGAUUGGUUGCAGGGCGCUGUUUUGCGCCAUUAUGUAGAAUUAUUGGGCAUUCGGCCACCCGAUUGGGUAAAUCAUAUCAGAUUUUACAUUGUUCCUUUAGGAUCAUGCGCUGUCGCUCGUUACAUUGGGAUGAUUGAUUCGAGCUACAUGAGCAUGUUCGGUACGGAGAGUUGGCAGCAGAUCUGUGAUCGUACGGCCAACCUGGAGAGCGCACAAUCGAAGAACGAAUCGGCUGAGUUUAUAAACCGGAUACAGCGCUAUCUAAUAUCGGGUGGACCGUGCACGCAAGUUCCUAUUGCCGAAGCGAUGGUCAACUACCGUGAUGAAGACUCUUGUCAAAUAUUUGUACCGUUUGUUAGUGACGUUAGAAUCGGCUGUUUAGAAGGGCCUCAGGUGUCGCUUGAUCUCGAUGAAUCGUUAACGUACGUUUCGCAAGGCAGUGCCGACAGAAUGCUGUCGAGUUCGCCACCCCAGAGCGGUCGCACUUCACCGCCAACAUCGCAAACACCGGUCGCGGUUGCCCAGCUGCAGCAAAAAGAGCAACAGCAGCAGCAAGCAUCAUCCUCUUCCUCCCAGAUGCAGGAAUCGCUAGAGCUGCAGGUUGACUAUUGGCCGCUGGCUCGGCCAAACUUUGAUCCGAAGGAAAAACCGCCUGGCAAGGGCCAGGAUCCGUCGGGGAAAAACAGUAUUAAGAGCACCUUCCGGCAUCUGCAGGUUUGGCGACUUCCGCAAGCUCCUAGCUUUGGAGAGUUUACAAAUGGCUUAACACUGAGUUUUGCUACCAAGGAGAAAAAACAGAAAAUAAUGAGAUUGGGUAAGAAGAAGGAAAAAGAUCGAGAUGCUGAGAAGGAACAAUGUGUGGAAGGAGUCGCCCGUUUAAUUUGUUCGCCGAAACAAUCGCAUCCAGUUCCGUUGCGAGUGUACAUCGACGGUACGGAGUGGACGGGUGUGAAAUUUUUCCAACUAUCUUCCCAGUGGCAGACGCACAUUAAGAACUUCCCGAUAGCGCUGGUCGGUGCACCGUUGGCUCCGGCCGAAAUGCUAACCUAGUCAGUUUCAUCCUCCGUUUUGACGGAGCUAAUACCCACUCCAACAUCACCAGCGACACCAUCACCAGCGUUUUUAGGCUCCUCAACUUCCACCCAUUCGACCCGCACCGGUAUCAUCACUUUCGGACCACUGCUGCCAAUGGGUUGUAACGCAACCGUCUCUAAACUGCCACCCUUACCGCGUUCCGCUGGUUGUGAACCGCCAGUGAAUACGUCGUUCCCGUCAACAACACCCGGUACCGGUCAUGGUCACACCAGCGGCAGUACUGCGGGUGCAUCGCGUCUUUUACGGCCACGCAGCUGGGCAGCGGUCAGUCGGUCGCGUGGUGAUUAAAUGGGUUAGCGUGUCCCAUAUCCAGCAGGUUGUGUGUGACGCAUUGUGGAGAUUGUGUAUACUAUAGUAGUAGCUAACUGUUUGUAUUUCUUGCGUUAAGAUUUCUUUCGUAAUGUUCGCUUUUGGUGUGGACGGUGUGCACUUUUCGUUUGCCUCCAGUUGUGUCAGUAUUGCAAACGAGAUCGAGUGUAUACCAUACCAUUAGACGGUACUGCGCCGCUCCACGGUUCCUCAUUCCAAAUUGAAAUGAGUGCAAAUUUUCCGUGGAUAAAUAUGUGUUUUUAAUUUGCUUGCAUAGCCUGUUUGAUUUUGUGAUAAAAAAAUAAUUUGAGUGAGACAAAACAUUUCACACAACUACUAUUACUACUCAUACGGCGCAUAUCAUUAUGGUGUCGCAUUAGAUUGCGUGCGCGAGCGAUCCCUUUACUGUAUGCGUGCUGUUGGUUAUGCUUCAGCAGAAAGUAAGCAGAGUUAAAACUAGUCUUUACAGCAAAAUCAGCAAAAAUAAGAAUCGUUAACGAUUAAUCGAAUGCGUGAUGUCAAAUUUCGCACAACAGAAAGCUUUUGAGACAACGCGUUUGCAUUUACCGUCAAGAAUCCUUCUAUCCUUUGGAAGCUUUUGAGCCUAUGUGUUGUGGAGUGGACGGAAAAGAUGACGGUAGUCUGCAGUUGGAUGAAUUACACCUUCAGCAAGACUGUCUGAAUUGUGUCCCGUUUCACCACCACACGAAGUGUGUAUUGUAUAAAAAGAAAACAAUGAAAUGUUUUGUUUCACAUCCAUCGCUACUGAGGCGCAAAUAAAGGUAAACCACAAUUGUAGAAAUA